AUGCUGUAUAUGGAAUCCAGGCGUCAGUUAUAUUUUGGCAUAUUUAUUGCAUAUGGUCACUGUAACAAGAUUUAUCCUUCAUUAGAUUUGAUGCAACAGAGAGCAUUAGAUGGCUAUUUAGUAUAUACAGACAAUCAGCGCGUCAUUCUCCAGAUUACGGACAUUAAUGAUGAGCCUCCAUACUUCAUCAAUCGUCCCCUUCCGAUGCAGGCAGUUGUCAAACUCAAUGCUGCUCCAAACACACCAGUCUUCACGCUACAGGCUCGGGACCCUGACAAGGAUCAUGACAUUCAUUAUUUCCUUGUCAGAGAUCGAACUGGUGGAAGGUUUGAAGUAGAUGAAAAGUCUGGCGUGGUGCGAACCCGUGGAUCUGAGAUGUUCCAGCUGGACAUGGAGUAUGUUCUGUAUGUGAAGGCCGAAGAUCAGAAUGGAAGGAUUGAUGACAAGCACUUCCAAGCCACCCCUGAGGAACGCCUUUCCAUUGUUGGUGGUAAGAGGCCACCACAGUUUUAUCUGCCCAAGUAUGAGAAGACCAUCUUGGAAAAUGCUCCUAAGGAUUCAGACAUCAUAUCAGUAAAAGCUAAAUCCUUUGCUGACCGCGAGAUCCGAUACACCUUGAAGGCCAAGGGUCAGGGAGCUGGAACAUUCAACAUUGGUCCUACAUCUGGCAUUGUUAAGUUGGCUAAAGAGCUUGAUUUUGAAGAUGUCCGUCAACCUCACAUCUACCAGCUGGUUAUCACCGCAACCGAAGAUUCUGGUGGAUUCUCCACAUCUGUUGAUCUGACCAUCAAGGUGACAGAUGUGAACGACAACCCACCCAAGUUUGAUCUUCCAGAUUACCAGGCACAUAACAUUGAUGAAGACAUACCCAUCGGUUCUUCCAUACUCAAGGUCAAGGCACGAGAUGAUGACUCUGGAACAAAUGCAGAGAUUGUGUAUAGUGUGUCCGACGACCACUUCCGAGUGGACAACAAAGGCAUAAUAUAUAAUCGAAGGACCCUUGAUGCUGAUGACAACAAUGCCUACUAUGAGUUUGUUGUCACUGCUACAGACAGAGGUGAACCUGCCAAGGCAGGAACUGCUACAGUGCGUAUCUAUACCAAGAACAAGAAUGAUGAAGAACCAAAAUUUUCACAGCAAGUAUACACUCCAAAUGUGGAUGAAAAUGCAGGACCAAACACACUUGUAACAACUGUUGUAGCUUCAGAUAAAGACGGAGACAAUGUUGACUUCGGUUUUGUUGGUGCUAAUCGUAAUUCUGGUCAGUUUGUCAUUGAAAAAAUGACUGGUGUCAUCCGAUUGCACAAUGGCCCAAUCUCCCUUGACCGAGACAAAUACGAAUUGAAUGUUACUGCUGUCGAUGAUGGAAACUGUUGUCCAGGUGGCCAACAAACCCGCCAUACAUCCACUGCUGUUGUUGUUGUCUUCAUCACUGAUGUGAAUGACAACAAGCCAGUGUUCAAGGACUGUGCUUCAUACCAUGCCAAGGUUGAAGAGUCUGCCCCUAAUGGUUCUCCAGUAAUAACUGUACAUGCUACUGAUGAAGAUAAGGGUGUUAAUGGACAGGUUCGGUACAGCAUUGUGCAGCAACCAAAUCAAAAGGGAACAAAAUUCACAGUUGACACAGAAACAGGUGAAGUAACCACCAACAAAGUGUUCGAUCGUGAAGGUGAAGACGGCAAAUUUGUGUCUGUUACUGUAAAAGCAACAGAUAAUGGAGACCCAUCAUUAGAGGGUGUUUGUUCUUUCACUGUAGAGAUUACAGAUAUUAAUGACAACCCUCCACUCUUUGAUCGUCAGAAAUAUGUUGAGAAUGUCAAGCAGGACACAAAUGUGGGAACAAACAUCCUCCGUGUUUCGGCUUCUGAUGAGGAUGCUGACAACAAUGGCGCCAUCAUUUACAACCUAACAAUGGCUGCAAACCCUGAUGACCUGUCCUACUUUGAGAUCCAACCAGAAUCAGGCUGGAUUGUUCUCAAGAAACCUCUGGACCGAGAAUCGUACCGGCUGACCGCCGUAGCUCAGGACCGUGGAUUCCCUCCACUGUCUCGCACGGUGGACGUUCAGAUUGAUGUAGUGGAUCGCGCCAACAACCCUCCUGUAUGGACCCAGUCCAUCUAUGGCCCCAUUUACAUCAAGGAAAACUUGCCAGUAGGGGCAGGAGUUAUCUCAGUGAAGGCCAGCUCUGGUAUAGAGGACAACCCUGUGGUUUUCUAUCGUAUCAUCCGAGGAUCAACAGCCCAAACGAACAAGCACGAUACCUUCUAUUUACAACAACGUCCAGACAACGGUGACACCUGGGCAGAUAUCAAAGUUAAUCAUCCCUUAGACUACGAGAGUAUAAAGGAAUACAAUUUAACUGUGCGAGUAGAGAACAAUGGGCCACAACAACUAGCCUCAGAAGCUACCAUCUAUGUUGUGCUAGAAGACGUGAACGACGAGAUUCCUUUGUUCACUGAACGAGAACAGGAGACUGUACUUGAAGGAGAGCCGAUCGGUACCAAGGUCACUCAGGUUAAUGCUAUCGACAAGGAUGGAACUUACCCCAACAAUGAGGUUCUCUACCGCAUUGUUGAUAGUCCUCGGAAUGAAGGGAGAGACUUUUUCGAAAUCAGGGAGCGAACUGGAGAGAUUUUCACUCGGAUAGAGUUUGAUCGUGAAGAGAAACAAGCUUAUGCCCUUGAAGUGGAAGCUCGAGACGGUGCUGCAUCGGCUCGACCAAACGCUAAUGGACGCCCCAAUACAGGUACAGUUGGCCGAUUCCUUUUCCGAAGCGUUUUUAUAUAUUGUUUUUUUUGUCUUCCGUGUUUUUUUUCUCAGGUUAUUGAAUGUUUAUAAUUGUUGGGAUAUGGG